AGUGCUGCAUCGGUGGAACAAGGAAGGGAGGGAGGGAGGUGGAAGAGGGAGAGAGCAGCGAGAGAGAGAGAGAGCGAGAGAUCCAGAGGAAGAGAGGGGGGCUUCCAGACUGGAUGGGCCCAGCAGUGCCUUGAUGGAGCAUGGGCCAGGUUCUAGGAUUCUCCCACUGCAAGGAAUACGGUUCUGUCUCCUCCACACCUGAUUCAACGCCUCCCUGCACUGAAGGUGGGAAUGAGGAGUCUGAGCUGUACGACCUGCAGACGGCCAGGGAGUGGUCUGACGAAGAAGACGGGAGUCCGGAGGAUGAUGACGGUGAAGCUUCAUCCCCCUCCAUUUGGGGGACCCCGAGACAGAACUCCUUCGAGCCCACCUUCUCCUACAUCGCCAUCGCCGAGGCAGAGGCAGGCGGAGCCACACGACAUCAUCGUGACUCAUCAUCAGGGAGCCGGCGGAGGGGCGGGGCCAGGGGAGGCCGCACCUCUCUGAUCCGCACCGACACCGUGGAAUCAAUCCUCCCCCUGGACUCCCCUGACGUGGAGUGGGACCCCCACACCUUCCUCACCCUAGAGGAUGAGGAGGAGAGGGAGAGGGAGGAAAGGGAGAGGGACGUCCACAGACAGACUGUGACAGUCCAGGAUUCUCUCCUAGAUACUGAGAUUGAACCUCAAGAGAGGGACACAGAGACCCAGAGAGAGGAGACAGAGCCCCUGGAGCCCCAGCACUACAGUCCCUCUGACAGCCACCAGGCAGCAUCACCGCCCCCUGAGCCUGAGUCCCUCGUAACCACGGAAGCCACCGUCCCACUGCUCACGGCUGUGCGACCAAGAGGCGCCCUCACCGAUGACGUGUCAUCCACUUCCUCCACCUCCAUUGGUCGAAACACUCAGGAAGAGCUGGUUAGCGAACAGUGGUUUUCAGUGCUCAACCUAUCAGGCCCUACGAUAUGCACCCACAUAGCAGUGAUGGAUCUGAUCUACUGGAAGGACACAGAGCGUACAGGCAUGGUAUUCACAGGGCUAGUGGUGGGUUUGCUGUCCUUGUUCCAGCUCAGCAUCAUCACAGUCGUCUCCACCAUCUCCCUGGGCGCCCUGUGCUUCACCGUCUCAGUCAGCCUCUACUAUAAAAUCCUCCACGUACUCAACAUGGGAGACGGAGUGCCCCCCUUCAAGGCUUAUCUGGAUCUGGACAUUAGUUUCAGUGGGGAGCUGGCGGACCAAUACAUGCAGAAGGCCAUCGUUGCAGUCGUCUCUGCUGCUAACUCACUCAAGAAUCUCUUCCUGGUUGGAAGCCUCUUCGACUCUCUCAAGCUCCUGGCUCUGAUUUACCUGGUGACCUUCCUGGGAGACCUGUGUAAUGGCCUUACUGUCCUCAUCAUGGGUGUGAUCGCUCUAUUCUCUCUACCGCUGUUCUACAGGCAGCACCAGGCAAAAGUGGACGGCUUCUUUGCAGGAAUUCAGGCAAACGUGGACAACGUCAAGGACAUUCUCCACAGAAUUGCCCAAGGUGGUGGCCCCGCCGCUGACACCACCCCUGGCGGUGCCAAGCCCAAAACACAAUGAAGAGUCAUGGCGGACAGGAGAGGAGGAUGAGGAGCAGAGAAGAGGAGGAGUUACAGGCUGUCACUCAGAUGUCUUACUCAGCAGUCUGUACUCAGAGCUCCAGAAGGCGGAGCUUCUGAGAUUGGGGGGGGUUGUAUAGGGAGUCAAACCGUGGGGUUGGGACAUGAUGAUACUGUAUGCUGUAUGGUGGGAUAGGGUAGGUUGCUAGUGGGUGAGGCUGAGGGAACGGGAGUGAUAUCUGGACGGGAGUUGUUGCUGUUUCGAAGGAAGGUUUAAGACACAACUCAUGAUUGUUGGUACAGCGUUAAAUGACCUACAUGGGUGAUUGUGGCUUGAAUGAUAGAGACAGUGGCAGUCCAGUAAAGUAAUAAGACUGAUUGGAACCUCGAACGCUAGGAGACCUGUGUGUUCCUUAUUGACAGCUGUAUAUCUGAACAGAGGGAAGUAAAAACUUCAGAAUAGAGUCCAGCGGGACUGGAGUUCACCAGGAGCUAGGACAGGGUCAGUCCCGGGUCAGAGGUUGGAGUUCAUCAAACUAGAGUUCAUCAUUAUUCAUGGCAGCCUAACACUUGGAAUCAGGGUGUGUGUGUGGUAGAGUGUGUGUGUGAGGGAAUGAUGGCACUUUUGUGCUCAUGACGUGUGUGUGUGUGUGUGUGUGUGUGUGUGUGUGUGUGUGUGUGUGUGUGUGUGUGUGUGUGUGUGUGUGUGUGUGUGUGUGUGUGUGUGUGUGUGUGUGUGUACACAGUAUGUGUGAGUUGACAUGCAGCUUGCUGAUCUGAACCUGUUACCUGAGAGCUAUUAAAACCACAAUUUGUUCUUUUAAUUUCAAAUGUUCUGUUUCUUUUUGCCCACAUGAAUCAUCCACACGUCUGAGAUUUGUAUUCAACAACGUUGAACGUCUUCCAUUCUCAUUUCACCAGUCUAUAGAACCAGUCAAGUUUCUAAAAUUAGCCCCACCUUCAACUGUAGGAUGCAAGAUCACAGUCAGAACCAGGCCUCUAAAUGCUUUUCUGAAUGAAUGAAUGAAUGAUUGAAAAUGUACACAAAUAUUGAGGUGAAUUUGGGUAAUACAGUACUGAGUAUUGAAGGUUAAACCAGAUCUCUAGUGAUGGAGUAUUGAAACAAUUAUAUGAAUCUCCUUCAUCGCAGAGGCGCACACAUGUUCUUCUGGUCAUGCAUCAGAAGUAUUUAUGCAAAGGAGUUUAAAAUAUAAAAGUUUAGAUGGAUAAUCUGAAGACCUAUGAAGGGGGUAGUAUUACCCAAACAUUGAACCCCCAUCACCCACAGAGGGUACCUCUAGCCUAACAUCUCAUGGACAGAUGCACGCAACAUAGGAUGGUAUCGUAGAGUCUGUCAACAGACAUUACAUUACAUUUAAGUCAUUUAGCAGACGCUCUUAUCCAGAGCGACUUACAAAUUGGAAAGUUCAUACAUAUUCAUCCUGGUCCCCCCGUGGGGAAUGAACCCACAACCCUGGCGUUGCAAGCGCCAUGCUCUACCAACUGAGCCACACGGGACCGUGGGAUGCAACGACUUACGAAGAACUAUGUUCCAGUGUGCAGAUUUUCUCAUCAUUGAUAAUUUGGACAAAUCAAGACUUCACAGGUGUUCGUAUCUUUCAAAUUUUGGAAGGGGAGGGGACAUUUGGCCCAUGCUUGAGCUGAGAGUUUCCGUUUAGGGGUGUGGAGGCUUGUCUCAGUAUCUUUUCUCAUAAACUCAGCAAAAAAAGAAACUUUUCCCUUUUUCAGGACCCUGUCUUUCAAAGUUAAUUCGUAAAAAUCCAAAUAAUUUCACAGAUCUUCAUUGUAAAGGGUUUAAACACUGUUUCUCAUGCUUGUUCAAUGAACCAUAAAUAAUUAAUGAACAUGCACCUGUGGAACGGUCGUAAAGACACUAACAGCUUACAGACGGUAGGCAAUUAAGGUCACAGUUAUGAAAACUUAGGACACUAAAGAGGCCUUUCUACGGACUCUGAAAAACACCAAAAGAAAGAUGCCCAGGGUCCCUGCUCAUCUGCGUGAACGUGCCUUAGGCAUGCUUCAAGGAGGCAUGAGGACUGCAGAUGUGGCCAGGGCAAUAAACUGCGAUGCCCGUACUGUGAGACGCCUAAGACAGAGCUAGAGUGAGACAGGACGGACAGCUGAUCGUCCUCGCAGUGGCAGACCACGUAUAACAACACCUGCACAGGACCGGUACAUCCGAACAUCACACCUGCGGGACAGGUACAGGAUGGCAACAACUGCCCGAGUUACACCAGGAACACACAAUCCCUCCAUCAGUGCUCAGACAGUCCGCAAUAGGCUGAGAGAUGCUGGACUGAGGGCUUGUAGGCCUGUUGUAAGGCAGGUCCUCACCAGACAUCACUGGCAACAAUGUCGCCUAUGGGCACAAACCCACCAUCGCUGGACCAGACAGGACUGGCAAACAGGGCUCUUGGUUUUGUCUCACCAGGGGUGAUGGUCGGAUUCGCGUUUAUCGUUGAAGGAAUGAGCGUUACACCGAGGUCUGUAUUCUGGAGCAGGAUCGAUUUGGAGGUGGAGGGUCCGUCAUGGUCUGGGGCGGUGUGUCACAGCAUCAUCGGACUGAGCUUGUUGCCAUUGCAGGCAAUCUCAACGCUGUGCGUUACAGGGAAGACAUCAUCCUCCCUCAUGUGGUACCCUUCCUGCAGGCUCAUCCUGACAUGACCCUCCAGCAUGACAAUGCCACCAGCCAUACUGCUCGUUCUGUGCGUGAUUUCCUGCAAGACAGUAAUGUCAGUGUUCUGCCAUGGCCAGUGAAGAGCCCGGAUCUCAAUCCCAUUGAGCACGUCUGGGACCUGUUGGGUCGGAGGGUGAGGGCUAGGGCCAUUACCCCCAGAAAUGUCUGCUAACUUGCAGGUGCCUUGGUGGAAGAGUGGGGUAACAUCUCACAGCAAGAACUGGCAAAUCUGGUGCAGUCCAUGAGGAGGAGAUGCACUGCAGUACUUAAUGCAGCUGGUGGCCACACCAGAUACUGACUGUUACUUUGGAUUUUGACCCUCCCUUUUUUCAGGGACACAUUAUUCAAUUUCUGUUAGUCACAUGUCUGUGGAACUUGUUCAGUUUAUGUCUCAGUUGUUGGAAUCUUAUGUUCAAACAAAUAUUUACACAUGUUAAGUUUGCUGAAAAUAAACACAGUUGACAGUGAGAGGACGUUUCUUUUUUUGCUGACUUUAUAUCUCUCCACGAACCUAAUUGAGCAUCUGGCACAAUUUACGUGAGAUAUUAGUUCUGGGUUUCCGAGAUUACGUCUAGCCUGACUGUGUUUGGGAGCAAUGACUCAAUAGGUGCCCUUCUAAGAACAGUUGCAUUAGUGCGUGAAUGACUUUGCUUGGCUACCCAAACUCCUUGCUCCGAGCCAAACACUACGCCACUACCACAGAUGUUAGUUUCUUCUCCGGAAUGAGUACCUCCCCGACAAUUUUUAGAACCUAAACACAUUCUAACCAUUCUGAUUGGUCCCAGAAACCGAUGGGUUGGGCCAGAGCCAGAACACAUGUGGGUAAAGCGGUGUUUGGAAAAUGUGUCAUUGACUUUGAUACUGGGGGUUCGAGACGAUCCAAUCGCUGAUGACUUUGUUUUGUACAACACCCCUCGUUUUGAAGUCACCACAAACGACUUAAACGACGGCAGUCUCAGACUGAAGUAUGUAGCGAACACAGAGCAGCGGAACAACUCAAUUUGAAUUGUCAAGGAAUGAAUCACUAGCUAGAUAACUGCUUCUAGACACCUUCUGUAACAAGCCAUUCAAUUUAGACUAAAACCAAUACUUUUUUUGAGUCAUUUCACAAUAAUGUUAAAUCAUCAUCAUCCAUUUUGGUGUAAAGAAAUAUUUCAGAAUAUGCUGCCACUGAAAUGCCCACCUCUUAACAUCUAUUACUUUAAGAUCCUCACCACAGCUUGGCAGUGUGCUUUAGUCGUGCACUAAACCUGUCAGGUUUUUUAUGGGUACAUUUUCUUCUGCCUUAUAAUUCAUGUAUGUUCUGACUCUGUGUGCAAUAAAGUUUUACUUGUAUGUUAAGAGUUAGAAUUAACUUUAUCCCAGGACAUGAUUAGAUGUGGCUGUUCACCUACACUUGACAUCGCCCUCCCUUCUAUAGUAUGUUGCACUGAUCUCACUACACAGUCCUAGGGAUGCCUGUUGGCCCAGAGACCUGAACCCUUGGUAGAUGGUGAAUUGGAGGAUGAGAGGUGAGAUGGGUUAUGGUUCACAGGAAGACUUUAUUAACUAAUCCCUUAGAAGAGGCAAGGACAGGAGAGCAAGUCUUAUCAAACCUCAAGUUAAAUGUCAUUACUUUUAUUAUAUAUAGACCAACAUUAAUUAUUUUGUAUCAUCAAAAAUCAAAUGGGUACCCAAACGUUUAAUCUUGCAAUAAGAUAUUAAACACAAAAUCUUGACAAUUAAAUGAACAUUUUGACGA